GCUACGCGGUGGUGGUACCGGGUUCAAUCCGGCCAUUCGUGGUCUACAAACAGGGCCUUGCUUUUGUGGCGCUGUUGCCCCACUAAAAUUUCAACACUGGCAUUUGCAGUGUUCGGCCACUUCACUUUGACUUCCCCAGACACUCACUCAGUCUCUCGUUUCACUUGUCAGAUAUCGACUACCCCAACCCAGAAUGAGCGCUCCAGGUUCGCCAUCCAGCCGCAAAAGGCCGGCUGACGAUGAUUCGGAUGCCUCGGGUGUCAAAAAGGCCCGGGUGGGAAAUCCCGAGGCUGCCUCCAACGGACCGGCUGAUGAUUUCGAGGAGGGUGAGAUAGGAGAGUCCCCUUCCGGAUCUGAAGCGGCGUCGACCAAGGACAAUGAAGCUGAGAGUACACCAGCGCAUGGUGGUUGGAACCGCGGCGUUAGCAACGGCCUGCGGACAUCCUUUAUAUCGCUGAGCACAUCAAACCUGCGCAAAAAGUCGCAAAAGAAGGAAGCCGAGCCAGAGCCCGCAUCAGAGGUGGCGUUGGCAUCGCCUGUCAAGAAGACCAGAGGAGCGAAGCAGUCAAAAAGCUCAUCGCCGGCGGACCAAAAGGUCCUGGAUGGUUGGCUCGCCCUUCCUCCCCAUGAGCCCUUCGCCCACUUCAGGGCACGACCAAGAUACCCAGAAUCGUGGCAGAACCGUUUUGUGGAUUUCUGUGAGGCUCUUAUUAGGCACAAUAUUCGAUGGCCCGAGACAAAGAUGGACGAGGCUCAGGCCAACAAGAUGAACAAUCCCGAUCUUUUGCACAGGGCUUGGGUGCAGUGGCUGCAGGACCACGCGGACCAGAAAUGCUGCUCUAUAGAUCAGGUGGCUGCGGGAUCCAAGCUGGCUUCAGCGCAAAAGCUGUCCCGAGAAAGCCUCGAAAAAAUGAUUUCUGAAGCACUCAAUGGCGAGCCUGAGGGACCAAAGACACAGGCUAGAAAGAAGGAGCCAAAGAAGAAGGAAAAGUCUGCCCAAGCAAGAUGGACCAGAUUCACCCUCCAAGGUACCAGAUUUGAGAAUCUAACAAUGCCACCAUUGGUCCCAAAGUCGGACUUGGACGAGUUGAAGAAGAACAAAGACCUGUGGACGACCAGAUUCCUUCAGUGGUCUCAGGAUCUCAUCAAUCGGAAUCAAGACCUUUUGACCGCCAGUACUCCGGAGCUCCUGGGCGUUAUCUGGACGUCCUGGUGCGCCUGGUUCAAACAGAUCGUGACAAAGAACAAAACUCCCAUUGGAAAGGACGUUGCUCGGAAUUUCUUUCUCGAGAACAACGAGGAUGUUGAAGCCGUUUACCGUGGCAUCAUGGCAGCCAGCCCAAGGCCAGCUUUAGAUGAGGCAGAGGAGCCACCAAAAGACGAAGAGACAGAAGCUGCCGAUGAAUACAGCGAGCGCCCACAAGCGACCCCGGCCAGAAACGAGGAGCAACUAUCACAACCCACAACGCCCAGAAACGAAGACGUCGACCUCCACAUCCGCCACAAAUACUUUUGCGGCCUCGAACAAGACCAGCUCUUCUGCAUCGAAUGCGCCUCCUACUCGCACGACUCGUCCCAAUGCCCCCUCCUAACCUGCCGCUGGUGCAGCGCCGUCGCCGAGCACCCAUCCUACGCCUGCCCUUCCCGCCGCCGUUGUACCGAAUGCCGUCAGCUCGGACACGAAAGCGAGUCCUGCCCCGAGAAGCUCGCCCUCCCACGCGACCAGAUGGAGUGCGCCAUUUGCGGCUCGCGCGACGGUCACCUGGAAGAGACCUGCGUCGAGCUCUGGCGCACCUUCAAGCCCGACCCUCUCACCUCCUCCAAGGUCCAGGCCUUGCCUAUCUACUGCUACUGCUGCGGCAACGCGGGCCACUACGGCGCCGACUGCGGCAUGAACAUGGCGCGCCCGGACACGAUUACGGUGUGGGAGACGUGGAGCAAGAGCAACGUCGAGCAGCUUUACGUGGAUCCGGAAUCCGAAAAGGUGGCCAUCGCGCUGAAGCCGAUGCCCAAGGGCUCGGUUUUGGCGCCGUAUAACGAGGAGGACCCGUAUGCGGACUGGGAUGCGAGUAGCAAUGGCGGAAGACCGGAUUUUGGACAUGGUAUUGCCCCGCAAAGACAUGUCUUUUUCGAGGACGACGAUGAGGAUGAGGAGGAUGAGGGGUUCAUUAGGCCGCCGGUCCAGAAGAACCAGGGAUCGUCGUCUAGGAUUCAAUUUGGAGGUGGUGGCAACCGUGGUGGCCGGGGUAAGAAUGGAGGAGGUGGUGGUGCCUUCAACCCGCCACUUCCGCCUGGUCCGCCGCCUGGAAGACUGAGGGAGUUCCAGAGCUACAACCAUGGCAGGGGAGGCGACUCUUUCAAGAAUGGCGGCGGCGGCAGUGGUGGUGGUGGACGUGGCGGUCGUAAUGGUGGCCGCGGUGGAUACGGCGGCGGCAAGAGGGGCAGAGGUGGGAAGCAGUGGUGAGCGCGGCGAGGGCGGGCACGGAAUUGAACAGGCACGUGGUGUUUCUUGCAUGCGGUGAUCUUGUUUGAUCUCACGAGGCCCUUGAUCAGUGGCCGGGCUGGCAUUGCUCUCUAGCUCAGCACUAAGAAUCACAAUUAUUGCUUGAAUGCGGUGGCUCGGCAUAGGUUA